GAGAGAGAGAGAGAGAGAGAGAGAGUGUGUGUGUGUGUGAUAGAGAGAUUGACCAAUCACCACGCCAGAAACGAAGCGAAACGAAUCGAUUCCGGCAAGACCAAACACAACGAACGACAAACACCAAGCAAACGACAAACCGAAUGGAAGUCUACGAAUCUUCGGGUGACGCGGAGGCCGCCCUCCGUGCCAUUGUGGGGGAGGGCGGAUCCGGGGAGCAGAGCCCGCGGGACGAAUACAAUGCCCUCCUGCUGCUAGCCCUGGCCACGAAGUCGUCCCUCCAUGACGAGUCCCUCGAGGACAUCCGGACCGUCGUGGCAAAGACCGCAUCGAGAAAUCUUAGCGGAGGAGGAAGCAGGGGUAGGGCCCUCGCAGACGACUGGAUCCUCGCCUUCAACCGCGGGCUGGUCCUCCUGUCCAAGGGGGAAGCGGAGGAGUCGAUCGCCCUGGCCUGGUCCUACCUGGAACCGGUGGUAGCAUCGACCACCUCCGGUGGGAACGGGGGCCUUUCGCAGCAGCAACAACAGCAGAAGCAGCCCCCGCUCGAGCUGGCCUGCCGCAUGGGGUUUCUGGUGCUAGAGGGGAUGCUGGCGCUCUAUCCCACACGGAUCCACGGGCACGCUAGCACUGGCACUGGCACCAGCCGGAGCUUCCGGUCCGGGGACGGCUGCUCCUUCGACCUGGGUCUGCUGGACACGGUCCUGGCGUGGGUGGAAGAGCACGUGGAACUCACCAGGGCACCGGCCCAUCCCGUUCCGGCGGCACACGCCAGCGAAAGCAGCAGCAGCAACAACAACAGCAACAACAACAAUGCCCACCACCACGGAAGCACCACCGGCGGACCCGAUCCGCAGCUCAAGUUCCUGCUGAGCCUGUACCAAUCGCGGGUCAACUUCUUCGAGCGGACCACGGAAGACGCCGCCACCCGCGACAAGCACAUGCGGUCGGCCCGCAAGGAGCUCAAGCAGGCGAUGGAAACCUUCCAGCACAAGCUGCGGCCCGAGCGCUCCGACACGGCCUCGGUGGGGACCUUUUCGUCCUACUCCGAGGAGGUGGCCAACGCGAACACGAACGCCAAUGCCGGUGCUUCCGGCGGAACGGCCACCACCGAUGGCAAGCAGAGCCCGGUGGCCCUCCAUUCCAUGGCGCCGUCUCCCGGCCUGGCCAAGAACCACAGCAGCCUGUCCCGGAUCCUCCAGAGCCAGAACCAGGCCGCCCUCAACCUCAAGGCCAAUGCGGAGCAGCUCAAGGGGAAUCUCAAAAAGGCCCUCAUUCUUUGCGGGGAAGCCCAGUCCUUUAACAACAACAACAGCAGCAACAACAACAACUACUACUACGAGGCCAUCCACCAGAACAACCUCGGGAUCGUCUACGAGAGCAGCGGCAAGUCGCACCUGGCCCUGCACGCCUUUUCCAAGGCCGUCCGGUCCGCCACCGAGCGCAGGGCGGGCUGCGGGAGCGGGAGUCGCUUCGAGCAAGACGGGACGGCCACCCCCGACGUGACCCUCCACGUCCUCAACAACGCCGCCAUUUGCGCCCUCAAGUCCGGGAACUACCCGGCGGCCUACGAGUGCUACGCCAUCGGGCUCGCGACGGCCAGGUCCUGGAAGAAGCGGCCCAGGACCUGGCUCCGGCUCUCGGAGGCCUGCAUCGGCAUCAACGCACGGGCGCGGGCCGAGCGGACCAAGGCUUCCGGCCGGUGCUCCAGGGUGGAGGUCGACGGGUGAGUGGUGUGGUGUCUUGGUUUUGGUUUCGUUUCGUUUCGUUCUGGUUUCGUUCUGGUUUGGUUUGAUUUGAAAUGGUUUGCUCUGGGGGAUUUGCGUUUAUUUGUCUUUUGCACGCUGCGGUGGCGCCGGUGUCGGAUGCUGCUUGCUUACCAACCACGCUUGUCCGUUCUGUUCUGUUCCGUUCCGUUCCGUUCUUCGAUCGCCUCGAUCGCCCAUGGUGUUGCAAACCACUUGCCAAACGCAAAUUCCAGCCGGGCCAGCGGCAUUCUCCUGACAGACACAUGGAAAACCGCGUCCGAUGGCCAAGCCACGAACGCGGACCAGCAGGAGCUCCCGGCCCUCGCUUCCCCGGACGAUCUGAAAGACAUCCGGAACCACGCCGUAAAGAGAGCCCUGAUGGCCCUCAAAACAGCCCUGAAGCUCUUUGCCGAGAACGGCACGAAGCCGGACGACCUGGCGCUGCAAUCGGCACGUCUCUCCUUUGCGUACAUGUCCCUGGAGGACAACGACUUCAAGACGGCCCUCAAGUACUCGAUGUUGGUCCUGACCCACAGCAAACCGGACGAGCCGGGCACGAAGGGAGACGGGGAGGAGGACCCCUCGGAAUCAGCCCGCCGGAUCCUGAUCAAGCGGCAGGCCGCUACCGCCCGCAUGUACGCAUCGGAGGCCAACGCCUCCCUCGGAGACCCCAUGGCCUCCAUGAAGGUCCUGGUGGGCGACGGGAAGGACGACGCCUUUGACCGCCUGUCCUCCGACCUGGGCGGGGUCACCCUCGGCAUGGCCUCGGCCAACCACAACGCCAAGGCCCGCCUCGCCAAGGCUCAGACUAUGGUCCGAUGCUCGGCCUCGGCCGCCACGGCGGCGCUGGGGAACCUGACCGCCUCGAAGCAGCUGGCCAUGUCGGCCCAGGCCAUGGAGAACAGCUACUCGUCUUCGAGGGAGGGGACCUCCCAGGCCCGAAAGGCCCUCAUCUAUUGCAUGCUCCGCGAGGGAAACCACGGGGCGGCGCUCAACCUGCUGCGGUCGGCCCACUGAGAGCAGCGAACCCAUCCGUCUAUCCAUCCAUCCAUCCCUCCGUCCAUUCAUCCAAGGGGCGUGUGCGGCGCACACCCGGGGAACUCGUGAAUCUCGCUACCGAAUGGGAUCCACGCACGGCUUGGUUGCAUUUGGGUAAUGGGAAAAGAAAGAAGAAAGCAAAAGCCGUAGUAACAUCUCGAUAUUACUAACAAAAAGUAUUCGAAUGC